AGCAUCCGGACUCAUUUGGAGUUACUUACUUAUGCAAACAUUUAUGGUUUUGAGUUUGAAAAUCAGAAGAUUUAUCUAUUCGAAAUAAUCUGCCCUUUUCUGAGGGUGCGAAACUUUGAAACGAUCAUAGAUAUCAAUCUACUAAAGCACCUUUUCUGGCUGAUAUAACAGCUCCAAAAUCCUGGAUUAAAAUGGCGGAGAAUGGAGGAAAUAUUACCGAUAUGACUCGUUCUGAUCAAAAUGCAGAUACGGCGAAGACAAUUUCAGACAUUGAGUGCCUUACGGACGCAGCAGAGAUUUUUAACAAUAACGACGAUGAGUUUCUUCGGACAUCAAAAGUCUAUACUGCAGAAUUACCCGAGGAAAAUGUCAAUCUCGAGGUAGAUGGUUUGAAUUCCCGGGAAUCGGUUUCGGAUGCGAACGACAAGACACAAACAGAUACGUUCGGAUCUCCUACAAAUUUCAACAAUUUGACUUCGUAUUUCUACUCGGAAGAACAACGCGUUCAGUCCGACUCGAAGUUGAGAAGGCGAAAAAUGAGCGGGACCGAAACAUCGAGUGAAUAUCCGUCGGCAACUACUGAGGUUCACUCUGAGCCGAGCGGAAUUGGAGCAGGAUUUGACCGAGACAGCUCAAGUGCCGAGCGGGAUCGAAGACGUGAUCAAUUUUUGCAUGAAUCUUGUGCGCCGCCAUCAGUUGAGAAGAUUAUCUUCGACAAUACGGACACUAAUAAGCAGUGGUGUGAUAAUGGUUCGAAACCAGCUCUAAUCGGAGACCACCGGGUCUCGAGACCAGAGCAGAUGCAGGUGGGUUCCAAGAGUGGACCUGGUUGGAAUCAGCACUCCUCGGAUUGUGUAGGUCCUCAGGAGUCGAUGUCUAAAAUUCUGGUGCAAAUUAUGGUGCCUUUCCUAGUAGCUGGAUUGGGAACUGUAGCUGCGGGAGCGUUGCUAGAUAAAGUCCAGUAUUGGCCGGUGUUUCGAUCGGUAACGGAGCUGUUUAUUCUGGUGCCGGCGCUUGCUGGGCUGAAAGGAAAUCUGGAAAUGACGCUGGCAUCGAGGUUGUCAACUGCGGCCAAUCUGGGCAUGAUGGACACUGGUAGUGGACUGUGGGCCAUAGUAGUGGACAACAUGCUGAUCACUCAGCUGCAGUCAACAGUCGUGGGUCUCCUGGCAGCCCUGAUUGCGUAUGCUCUAGCUGCAGUUCAAAGCUGGCAUCUGCUCCAGUUGAGUAACGCAGUGGUGCUCUGCUCCGCCUCAGUUAUCACCUCAAUCCUGGUCAACAUUGUACUAAGCGUGUUGAUGAUUCUGGUCGUGUGUCUGUCGCGCAAGUUGAAUCUAAACCCCGACAACAUCGCAACUCCUGUUGCCGCAAGUCUCGGAGACCUCAUCACGAUCUCCAUUCUUGCCUGCGUCAGCUCCUUCUUCUACGAAACCAUAGACGAUCUGGUCGGAAUCCAAAUAGCUUUUCUUCUCAUCAUAAUUAUGGUCAUCCCAUUUUGGUCAUACGUCUGUAACCAGAACCCCUCUGUUCGUGACGUCAUCAAGCAAAGUUGGACUCCAAUUAUAUCAGCUAUGAUGAUCAGCUCAUUAGGAGGGCUUAUUCUAGACAAAGCACAAAAGGGAUUCAGGACGUUUGCAGCUUUUAGUCCCGUCAUAUGCGGAACAGGUGGAAAUCUAGUCGCGAUUCAGGCUUCAAGAAUAUGCACACACCUGCACGCAAACUCGCCAAGAAAACCAACAAUGAGCUAUCAGACGUUACAAGAAGAAAAUGACGACUUGGUACCAAAAUGUAACGAGAAUUUGGACGAGAAAUUUAAAGAUUCUUGGUGUGCGGUUAACAGUCGGUUUUUAUCGACGUUCAGCUGUGGAUCGAACCCGCAUUCGAAAAGUGCAGUUGUGCUACUUGGUUUGGUCAUUCCCGGCGAUGUUCUAUUUGUACUGCUUCAGACUUCAGCUUCUUCUCUCGACUUGCCUUUGCUGUUCUACCCUGUGUUCUGUUUGGCUUCUUUUAUCCAGGUGUUUGUGCUGCUGAUGUGUGCAGAUUGGCUAGUUCACGUGAUCUGGAAGUUGGGAUACGAUCCAGACAAUUGCAGUAUUCCUUACUUGACCGCCUUCAGUGACUUAUUAGGGACAUCUCUAUUGGUAGUUGGCUAUUUGACUCUGAGCACAAAUUAUGCUAUUUAAAUAUUUCUUUAAUCUUAUGCAGAUUUAAAUAAUUGGACUUAAGUUUUAGUUUUUUGUAGAUUUAAUCAGAGUUUAUAUUUGGUCUCACUUACCUUUUUAAGUCAGUAACAAAGUAAUUAUACU